CCCCUGCCGUUUCCUGCCGGAGCAGCGCGACGCGGUCGCUAUGGCAGCGGGGCCGUGGGGCUGGGGGGCGGCGGCGGCGGCGCUGCUGCUGCUGCUGUUGCUGCUCGCGCUGCUGCUCGGUGGCGCGCGACGCUUACGGCGCCGUUACGCGACCGGCGGGGCUCGCGCCUCCCCGAGGGGAAGGGCGGCGGCGGCGCGGGCGGAUGGCGUCCGCGCGUUGCUGGUGACGGCGCACCCUGAUGACGAAGCCAUGUUCUUCGCCCCCACGGUGCUCGGCUUGGGCAGGGCCGGCGGCCGCGCCGCGGUGCUGUGCUGCUCCGCAGGAAAUUAUUACAAUCAAGGAGAGAUUCGUAAGAAAGAACUGGAACAGAGUUGUUUUCUUCUGGGGAUUCCUGCUUCCGAUGUAACAAUCAUUGAUCACAGGGAUCUUCUGGAUAAUCCUGCUGUUGAAUGGGACGCACAGCUCCUCUCUGCCUUUGUGCUAAAGCAUAUAGAAGCCAAUAACAUCAACCUGGUGGUAACCUUUGAUGCGGGAGGAGUGAGUGGUCACGCUAACCACAUUUCUCUUUACACUGCUUUAAGGAACCUGCAUUCAGAGCGGAGGUUACCUGAAGGGUGCCAUGUGCUCGUGCUUGAAUCAGUAAAUCUCUUCAGGAAGUACAUCUCCAUCCUGGAUGUACCCUUUUCCUGCCUCCUGCCCAGAGAUGUGCUCUUCAUACUCACAGAGGAGGAGACUGAACGAGCCAGGAGAGCCAUGCAGUGUCAUCGCAGCCAGCUCCUCUGGUUUCGCCACAUCUAUAUGCUUUUCUCACGUUAUAUGAUGGUCAAUUCACUCCGCCUUCUGUAGAAGGGACAUCGCUCACAACUUCAGGAGUAGAAGAAUGAGUGAAAAAAUGGCAAUGCCUGGCCCAGGACUAAAGAAAAUUCACCCAUUACAUGCUCAAGAGGACAGAAUUCUCUUUGUGUAGCACUCUUUCAGACUACAAAAAACAGGCUGUAUGAACUUCCUUCUGAAUAUCUUGUUUCCUGAUAUAUUGAGAUGAACAGGGUUUAACAGCUACUCUAUUUUCUCACUGUAGAAGCUUAAAUAGGGUAAGAAAUUACCUAAUUAGGAGUUAAAUGCAGGAAUAUUCUGCACUGGAGAAGAUAAUGGCACAAACUAUUUUUCCCCAAGAGGAUAUAGCUGUGAGGACUGCUUGCCAACUAUCUCUUGCUGCUUUUGUAAAAUCAAAGAUCAUGCUAUCUCCACAGAUAAAACCAGAACCACAAGACCUGUCUUAGUCAGAACUUUGAAAAGCCAAAGCUUACGAAUAAAACAUCAGAAAUCAUACAAA